GUAAUAAACGUCCGGGUGUCCAAUCCUAAUCCCUUCGCCUGCUAUCUCCGCUCACUUCACUUCCGAAUUCGUCACGAGGGCCACUGCAUCAGACUCCGCCCCAACGCUCCACUUCGUCUCAAGAACCCUUACAUUUAAUCACCAUGGUUAACGUCUGGUACGCCGGUGCAUUGUUGGCCCUAGCUGCUGCCAACGCGAACGCGGACGUCUGCGGAGAUGCCUCUGUGACCACCACGGACGGCAUCUCCACCGUUACCCAGUCGGCACCUACGACGACCUCGGCCGUCUCUCCGGAAUGGACACUCAGCUCUCUCAAGCACCCCACCAUCACCGGCCACCGCGGUGCACCGGGAUACCUUCCUGACCACACCAUUGAGGGCUACACGCUUGCCAUUGAAACGGGCAUCGAUGUCAUUGAACCUGACCUUGUCAGUACAAAGGACGGCGUGCUAGUCGUCCGUCACGAGCCCUACAUCGACGGCACCACCAACGUCGCUGACCACCCAGAAUUCGCUGACCGUCUCACCACAAAGUCAGUCGACGGUAUUCCAAUUCUGGGCUACUUCGUCAGCGACUUCACACUCGCAGAGAUCAAGACGCUGCGUACCGUACAGCCGCUGCCCGAGCGCGACCAGAGCUAUAACGGACUGUACGAGAUCCCAACGUUCGAGGAGGUCAUCCAACUUGCGCAGAACAAAUCUGCCGAGUAUAACCGCACUGUUGCUAUUUACCCGGAGGUCAAGCACUCGAGCUUCCACAAGGGGCUCGGAUUGCCUAUUGAGAACACUAUGCUCGAGCUACUGACGAAGUACGGAUGGAACCACGCCGACGCACCCGUCUUCAUCCAGUCCUUUGAGACCGAAAACCUGCGCGAGCUUAACGAGGUUACUAACCUCACGCUCGUGCAGCUCAUCGACGGUUUCGGCAAUGAUCCACUCACAGGCGAAGUCAUCUUCCAAGCUCCGUCCGACCGCCCGUACGACUGGACUCUGGCCAACCGUACCGACUACUUCGGGUACCUCACCACGCCCGCCGGUCUGGCUGAGGUGGCCACGUACGCCGACGUCAUUUCUCCUUGGAAGCGAUACCUCCUCAAGGCCGUCGCUGCCAAGGUGGAUGAGAGCGGCAGUGCUGUGGACUCGAACGGUGACGGCAGGAUCACGGACGCUGACUAUUCCAUCAUUGAGUACCCGAACAUCAUCGAGGACGCGCACGCCGCCGGUCUAAAAGUGCACACGUGGACGAUGCGUGACGAGAACUACCGCUUGGCUGCGAACUACUCUGGCAACGCGACGUUGGAGUACUUUGAACUGUUCGACAUGGGUAUUGACGGUCUGUUCAGCGACAACUGCAAGACGGCUGUGCCCGCUCGUGAUGCGUGGCUGGCCCAGCAGUAGAUGAUCUACUAGUACUAACGAAGUAUAAGGUAGCACACCUAUGUAGGCUACGCUUGCACCCUGUUUAAAAUGACACCUAUUCAGUUUUUAAACACUUAUCUGGUACUUCCA